AUGAAAACGAUUUCAUACAUCCUGGAAAUGCCUAUGUUUAUAGAACUAUAUUCAAAAAUGAGCGUCGUGGAAGGUUUUCCGGCAAAAUUAAAUUGGGUGUUCCAGGGCACCACUUGGCAGUUUCCGAUUGGGGAGUUUGUUUGUUGAAAGGAAGUUUCGGAUGCAUGCAUCGUUCCAAUGAUGUUUUUGAAAGCAUUGUAUAUAGGGAUAUGUGCAGUAGGUAUAGUAUUUGUAUACAAUGCUUGGAAAACGGCGUUGGAGGUUAGAAAAGAACAAAUGGAAGAAGACAUUAUCAAUGCGUGGGACAAACACGUUGUGUCUCCGUCAGUGACAUUUCAACAUUUACACGUCGGAAUAAACUCCAAUGUCGACCUGAUAGUGCCAGGUGUCGUACUACUGAAGGCUUUGGCAGUGCCAUCGGGAAGGAGUGAAAACAAGGAUAUUUUAAAAACUGUUAAUGACCUUGAAGAAACAUUUGCACACUUCUUUGCCAAAGGCUCGGCAGCAGAAAGAGCUUUCUUGGAUAAAAAAAUAUUUCAAAGGAUUGUUUCUACCAGCAAGAUGUUGGAAAUGUCUCAGUAUCAUAUUGGGGGCAAUGCAGCACUUAUGGCUAGUAUAAUAACAGAGCAGUUUCCAGAAGUAAAGAUCAGUUUUAUUGGACCAGUUGGGCCAAAGCUGCUAGAAAUGCUGCCCAGAUCUUUGAACAUUCCAACAAAAAGUCACAUUUCCACCGAUGAAGUACAUUUGAUUAUGGAGUACAGUGUGGGCGACACAUGGGGGGAUCUGACGAGUCCAGUCGCCAAUCGCUUCAUUACAAGCUAUGAUGAAUCCAACUCACAAGCAACUAUGCUGGAAACUUUCUUUGAAUCUCUUGACACCCAGAAGACAGACCUAGUACUGAUGUCAGGACUACAUAUUUUAGAAGGGCAGUCAAAAGAUUUCUUCAUCAGAAGAAUUCAGGCUGUCUGUGAUGGUUUAAUUAACAUUCCAAGAUCCUUGCCGGUACAUUUAGAGCUGGCGAGUAUGGCAAAUGUAGACUUUGUCAGGGAGAUUUUGACAAAGGUUAUUUCAAAAGUUUCGUCCCUGGGGUUAAAUGAACAAGAGCUAACAUUUGCCUCCUUGGCUGGUGAUGGACCCCAUAACUCUGAUUUCUACCACCAGUCUGGUCCACCAGAGAUCAGUAAGGCUGGAGAUAUGGUCAUAUGGUUACUUCAAAACUAUGGUCAGUCUUCUCAAAACCCAGAAUCCAGACUGACCAGAAUCCAUUUUCACUGUCUUUCAUAUCAUAUCAUUGGAAAUGUUAAAGGAGCUUGGACAAAUUCUGCUGCUGCUGUUGCUGCAGGGUCAAGGAUGGCCGGAAAACAAGCAUGUGAUGUUCAACGGUUGAAUUCUUCUAUUGUAGAUUUAAAAUUUCCAAAAUCAUUCAAAGCAUUCUCUGAUGAUAUUGAAAGAGAAUUUGAUUCAAAUAAGCCUGUAAUUUCGUGGGAGACUGAUGAAUUUGAGUUCUCACUAAGUCCAGUAUUGGUAUGUAAUGAUCCACAAAAAACAGUUGGUUUAGGCGACUCAAUAUCAGCUACAGGUCUCAUGUUCUCUCAAUAUAUCUAUGCACAAAAAUAAUACAUUUUCUUUUGAGAAGUAAUGUCUUUUAGGCCAAUAUUACAAUAAAUCUUUUACUGGGGAAGUGCCACUUGUUUUAUUUAUGGAUGAGGUCAAUAUUGCAAUUCUGUUAGGAGCAUACAUGCAUAAGGCAUGUCUAAAUAAAUUCUUGUAGUUUUUUCUUUUUUUUUCUGGUAUUUACUAAGCAAAAUAUUCUUAUUAUGUUAUUACAUUAUAUGAGAAUUAUAUAUCUGUCUCUUGAUGAAAUAUUGGUCCAAAGGACUAGUGAGCUUAUACCAUGAACAGAAUCUCUCAUACAUUCAACUUUUCUCUAAAAUAUUACUUGUCUAGAAUGACUGCAUUGGUUUUGAUCAAAUUGCUACUUGUCUAGAAUGGCUGAGUGGAUUUUGAUUAAAUUUGAUGUAGUGAGUUGUUGACUGAAGAGGAUUCAAUUUUGUAUUUAUAAAUGAAGGGUCAAGGGGGACCAUUUCAGAAAUAGAAAUAUGUCUUUAAAAUCCUUCUUGUGUACCAAUAAAAGGGUGGUCUGGAACAUUAGUUGGUGAAGGAAUAUCAAAAGCAUAAACAGUGAGUCUGGCCGUCAUUGGGACAGAGGGAUGGUGCUCAAUAGGAGAAACAGAGAUACAUGUAUGCACUUUGGACCCUUCUUCUAUUCAGAGGAAACAAUGUCAACAAAUAUAGUCUAGAACAUUAAUAGAAGUGGAUCACAUAUUGUAUAACAUUAUUAGAAGGAGAUUAAAUGUUAUAUAAAUGGAAGAUCUGUCCUCCUAGAGACAGAGGGACAAGUAGGUGAGACAUUGUAUUUAGAGGUUCCAAGAUAACACAGCUGUAACAGCAGAUAUUAGAAGAAAAAAAAGAUAUUUCUCAUCUUAUUGGAUAUGCAUUUGGGCUGGUCACCAUGACCAUACUUUAUUGUAUUUGUUAUUCUGACAACAUAUACCGUAAUUGACCUGAUAAGCACAUUGUGUGUUUUUAAAAGCACAACAGGGUUGGUUGAAUAAAACCAUGUACAGGUAAAAGUUUCCUUGUGAAAUAUGGGUGGAUUUUUUUUUUUUUUUUUUUCAUUUAUUUGUACAUUUUUAUGUAGCAAAAGCAAUCCAGAGUCUUAAGUUAAAAGACUGGAGGUUGUAUUAGCAGAUUAGUGAUAUAAGGAACUUUUUAUAUGUUUCAAUUAGUGCAUCCAUCCUCAUUCCUUGAAGAAAGGUAGGGGUGCGCUUCUAGGAGCAGGUGGGCUUAUUAGGUCAUUUACAGUAUUUGUAUUUUGUUUUUGAUCAUAUAUCUUUAUCAUUAGUUUCUUUAGUUCAUUGAUCUCUUAAAGAAGAUUUUCAUAUGAAAUUCUUCACUUUUUACAAAUCAAUUCAGUAUUUAACUCACUUGUGUAAAAUACCACCAUGUUGAAUUGAUAUUACAGUGUGCUCUGCUUGGUCAAUGUCUGUUGGAUAAUGAUAUGUCCAUUGUAAAAAAAAAAUCUCUCAAAUGAAUGAGCAAAACUAAAGUGGGGUUUUUUGGCAAUAAAUGUGUUGAAAAUUAUAUAAUGAUGGAAGAGGUUUACUCUUCCGAAGGCUAAGAAUCCCAAUGAGACAACUUGGUCGAUUAGCUUUAAAUUUCAUCUCCUCCAAAACCACUGGACAGCCUUCAACCAAACUAGCGAUAACUCCUUUAUUAUAUGGGGACCAAAAGCAUAACACAGAUUUGGGCUGAAGGUUUGUCAAAAGGGGUCAGUUUGGUUGAGGCUAUUUUAAAAUAUCUUUAAACUUCCUUGGCAUUCUUCUACAUGAACCAAAUAUUAGCAUGAUUAUUCUGAUAACAUGAAAAUCAAAAGUUUCUAGAUUCAGGGUGGAACUCUUUUUUUUGUAAGUUUUUCGAUGUUAUGAUGCAGAUUCAAUCUUAAGCAUACUCAUGUAGUUGAUAAACCAGUAACUAUUUAUCUUAAAUGACCAGGCGAUGAAUUCAAGCCAUAUUUGGUUUUUUUAUUUGGUGGAUAUGAUCUCAGAAACAAAUGUACAACAUUGCAAAGUAACAAUUAACAAUAUCUACCUGCUAAUAAUGUUUCGUUUUUGUUGUUGUGUAUAAGUUUAGCUUUAAGAUCGAAUACUGCAUACAUGAGGAGGAAGCAGGAACAGAUCUUAGUGUAAGUCUACCAUUUAUAUGUCUCGUAGUUUUUUGUAUGACAAAUCUUAGAACAAUCAUAUGCAAUAUUUCUAUAGUUGUGUGAUAAAUCAUGUGCAGUACAAUGAAUUUUGUUUCUUUGAUUAUCAAUUCUACUUUCAUGCACACAAUGUACCAUGCAGUUGUUAUCUUUCAGAAACUAUAGCGAACAUUUAGAAAUUUCAGGGCCUGAAGAAAAAUAUUUCAAGUAUAUAAUUAUACAGAGUAGACACAAUAUAUACGCUUAACCACUAUUUGAUAAUGAAAUUAUCAAACUUUGAUCCUAUAGAUAUUAUUAUUAUUAUUAUUAUAUACUAGUUUAUUUUCAGAUUUUAAAAGGUACUUGUCAGUAAAGUAUGCUACAAUGUGUUGGUUUUUAACAUUUUCAAUGCCUUGAUGCAUACUGAGUGUCCAAAAUGUUGUCUUCGUAGGGAAAGGAUGAUUUCAAAGAAUUUAAUAAUAUAUACCAGGUUCACAUACCUUGAAAUCCGUUUUAUUAAUAGUGGAUCAGUUCAUCAACAUUUUUUUAAUUACUUUAUUAUGAAGUACAGCAUUUCGUUUGUACAUGUAUUUUUUUUCAUAUUAAUUUAAGGCAACAUGUUAUUUCUCAUGAAAAUUUAAGGCAACAUGUUAUUUCUAAUGAAAAUUUAAGGCAACAUGUUAUUUUUCAUAUUAAUUUAAGGCAACAUGAUAUUUCACAUGAAAAUUUAAGGCAACAUGUUAUUUCUCAUGAAAAUUUAAGGCAACAUGAUAUUUCACAUGAAAAUUUAAGGCAACAUGUUAUUUCUCAUGAAAAUUUAAGGCAACAAGUUAUUUCUCAUGAAAAUUUAAGGCAACAUGUUAUUUCUCAUGAAAAUUUAAGGCAACAUGUUAUUUCUCAUGAAAAAUUAAGGCAACAUGUUAUUUCUAAUGAAAAUUUAAGGCAACAUGUUAUUUCUCAUGAAAAUUUAAGGCAAUAUGAUAUUUCUCAUAAUAACACAUGAGUUUGUUACUGUCUUCAGAUUAUAAAAUAUACAGUAGGUAUCGUCUAUAAAGGCUGGUCAGUGAGGUAAUGCCAGAGUUGUCUGCCACUGGUGUUCAGUAACCUCAGAACUACGACAAUGAUCACUUUAACGUUAUUGUUGGGUGACAAAACUUACCGGGUACACACUGUGUUGCUAUAUUACAAUCAUAGUGCUAUUUGUUUUUUGUUAAUAUUCUGUUGAAAUUGUCAGUACAAUCAAGCAUAUAAUUAUGUUUGUAUACAUUUUAAUGAGCUUAUUAUGUAAAUAAAUGAAUUUUAAAAAUUUCAUCAAAUUUGAAUAAAUAUGAUAACGCCUUCUUAAAUGAUACUAAGUAGUUUAUUUAAAGAUGUUUACAAUAUUGAAUUAGUUAUGGAUAUAACCAUGAAUUGAAAUUAUUUGAAAUGUAUGGGGUUUUUUCCCUGAACAAAUUUUGAUUUUUUUGCAAUUUACAAUUGAUGUAUAAUUUCAAUGUGUUUGGAUCUGAAUAUCAUUUUAAAAAGGGACAAGUGUUUUUCCACUGAGCAAUAGCAGUUUAUAGGCGGGACCAUCAAUGAUAUAAAUUAUCAUUUAUCUACCUCGGCUGUCAUACACUGUUUCCUGUUUAUCCCAAGUUUCAAUUAACAUGUAUCAUCAAUUUUUUUUUUUUUUUUUAAAAAUUCAAUUUGUAAUUUGUUUUCUUUUUGGCACAAUUUGUAAUUCUAAUUUAAAUAAAAUAACAUAUACGUAUACACACAAAAUGUUUUGUCUAUAUUAUUAUUAACGUUUAUUUUAGACUUUCCAAAAUGCAACUGUGCUAUCAAUUAAUUAAAAGAUGUAUAUUAAUUAGCAGAGAAUUUCCAGAGCAUAAUACAUUGUAAAACUUUUUUUACAACAAUUCUAUAACUCUGGUAUGGGUGACAAAGGAAGAACCCAGAUUUUAAUUUAACUUUUUGUAUCAGUACUAGCAUAUUUACUAAUUAAAACUUGCUACAAUGUAUUAAGAUAUAGCCAGCUUGUCAUUGAAUACUUAAUCACUCCAACUUUGUUAAGUUUUCAUAUUAGGGGUUCAUUCUCUAUUAUAUAUGAACUAGUGUUUGGCAGAUUUCCUGUGACCAAACCUCAUUUCAAGUGAGGUGAUUACUUGACAAGGGGAUACCCGAACUUGGGUUGUGAAAUUGUUAGGUCUUCUGGGUCGAAGACUUUAAAAGGGAGGGAAGAGUGUGGAGGAACUGGACCUGGUUGAUCUUCGGCGACUAGGUAGCUCAAUUGGUAGAGCAUCCUGCUAGUGUUAGAGGGUUUCGAUACAUGAAAAAUCAUGACCAGGUACAUGCAUAAGUAAGAUCAUGAAGAAUUAAGUAAGGUUAUGAAAAUGUAUUAACUUAAAGAUUAUGACCAUAUCAAUUGCAACCACUUGUAUCAUUGUUCACAGAAUGAACAAUAUGUCCUCUUUUGUUUCAAGUUAUUGUUUUGAAUGUAAUCAGAUAUUGAGAUUUUGAUAUAAUGUGCAAUUUUAUUGCGUUUUGAUGUGCUCCAGUAUCCGAGGAUUGUUAAGUGUUUCCAUGGUAACAUAUAUGAUUACCACUUUAAGAAUGUUUAUAUUUUCGUGGUGUGUUAAAGAUUAAAACAGUUUACAUUUAUUUGAAAAAAUUACAUAUUUGAGUUUUUUAUUGAUUUUUUUUUCUUCUGAUAUUUUUUUUAUUGAAUAUUGUAUUUAGGGAACAAUCAUUGAAAUAUUAUACAAUGUAUUCAACCAGAAAUGAAUGUAAAAAAAAAAAAGUACUUGUAAUAAUUUUCAUAAUUGACUGACAAUAACCCCAUCCCCCAUCUGCUAUGAGAAUAUAUAGGGAUUUGUGAGGGAGGAUGAGAGAGGGGGCUUACUACUAAGCACUCCUUGUUCAAAAGCAGUUUUCAUACCAACAUAUUCUACAAAUGGAAAAGAACGUCAAUGAUGAGCUAUACUGACCACUUUAAAAUAUGUGUUCAUAAUAAAUAUUUAUUGGAAAAUCUGUUAAUUUGGCAUUUUGUCUACCUAUAUGUCACUAUGAAGCAAUUAAUGUAUCGUGUGUUCUUGUGUUUGAAUGUGUCAGAAUCAACAAUGUUUAUUUCUAAACAUUAUCUUCAGGUUGGUAAGUAUGGUAGACAUACCGUACUAGUAAUCGAAACAUCACGCAUAAACAUUCAUUAGAUGUGUUACAAAAAUCCUUACAUAAAUGAUGUUUAUUGUUUUAAAAAUAUACUGGUUUACUGGACUGGCUGGUUGAUUGUGAGAUUAUUACACUGCAUGGGUUUAUAUUAACACAAGUGUAUUACUAACGAUGAUUGGAUAAAAACUGCCAUUUUUGAUGGAUCAAUGAUUUUAUAUUUUUGUAAGAAGGAUCGAUUUUCUGAAGUAGCAUGGAUGAGUGUUUUGAGUACAUUAUCAGUUAAACUAAUUAACAUAUUAAAUUCAUGAAUGAAAAUUAGUUAACAUAUUAAAUUCAUGAAUGAAAACUUGGGAACAUAAUAAAUUCAUGAAUGAAAACUUAUUGACAUAUCAAAUUCAUGAAUGAAAACUUAUUGACAUGAAAUUCAUGAAUGAAAAAUUCUUAACAAAUUAGAUUCAUGAAUGAAAACUUAUUAACAUAUUGAAUUCUUGAAUGAAAUUAACAUAUUAAAUUUAUGAAUUAUCCCAAUGAUACAUUUUCAGUAUUGAUGUUUUGUUUUGUGAUUGUUACUCCUUUAUUUACAUUAAUUACAACAAACAUCAGGUAAUAAUAAUUUGUAACUUUGAUACUUGAUCCCAAAGCUUUUAAUGAAUUAUUGUGGUGCAUCAAUCACUUACCAUUUAAAUGUUUUAUGUUCAAGGUUGAUAAAAAACGAUCAAAAUCAUAAUCCUAAUGAAAAUAAGUAACGUAUGUUCAUUAUGAUCUGUAAAAGGGGAUUAAGCAACCUACAGAUGACUACUGUACAUAGACAUUACUGUAUAACCAGAUGUUGGGUAUUAACAUUAGCGGGCCCCCAAUAAUUGCAAUACACCUGUUCUUCUGUUGUGUUCACAGGGACUUGGCACACAUUUCCAACUAAUGGUCCUUAUACCGUGUACAUGUAUCGGCUAUGUAUUAUAUAAAUUCAAUUUCAAUAUUAUUAGCACUAAAAUUAUAAUUAAAAGUGCAAUUUGAUGGCAAAACGAGAACAGCAGGAAAUAACAAGAUAAUGUAUACAUUACAUACAUACAUGUAUACAGAGGAAAUUCUUUGCAAAUAUACCCUCAACAGUGUUCACUAAGAAGAGAAAUAUAACUUUUUACUACAAACUAUAAAUGUGUGGAAUGGCCUACCAGAAAGUGUAGUGUGUGCUAAUGAUUUGAAUUGUUUCAAAAAUGAACUGGAUAAACACUGGAAAAAACAUUGAUUUAUUUUAUAAUUUCAAGGCCAGUUUAUGAACUGUAGUGUCGUUACAUUCACAAAUUAUUAUCAUAACAAUUACCAUGUACCGAGUCUGGUGUAGAGGAUGCACGUUGUCCUGUACCAGAAAUGUAUCAAUAAAUAUUAUGGAUAUAGUUCUGUAAGCAUAAUACAUGUACAUGUACCUGGACCGUGAGUGGAAAAUUCUUGUCGGACCCAGGCUGUGAGUUGGUUAUAUGAUGUGCCCAUGAAAAUUAAAAAAACUAACAUCUAACUCAUUAUUACCAAUAAUAGUUCUCGCCUUAAUUCAUCACUGAUGUUUCAUCUUUCAUUCAUAUCCUUCUGUUGAAUUAAACAUGUUUUUAUUUCUUUAUGUUGCAUCUUUACAUAUAUGUUCUGUUCUUUAAAACCAAAUAGUAUUUAAGUCUUUGGUAACACACUGGGAAUUGUUAAUAAAAUGCUUGAAAGAA